GGGAGUGGAUCGAACCGCUGCAGACUGGCACGGCCGGCGGUGCGUGAGCUGCUGAGUGAGUGAGAAUCCCUCUCUCGCCCACUCCGUCUGUUGGUCCUACACCAGAAAGCGGUUGUCGUAACCAGACUUCUUUUCCCUCCCCUCUUUUUAAUUCUAGGCGGGUGGAAGGGGACGUCUGUGAGAGGGAUGCUGCGCGAACGCUGAAUGAAACAAGCGAGCCCCAAAAUGAAGGAUGCUGGGGUUUGAAAAGGCAUCGUGAUUAAUUGAUAUAUGAUAAAGCAAACGUUGAGGAUUCAGGUCGGUUACACAAACCUUUCUCUUGAUAUAAUAGUAAUAUAAAAAACAGAAGAGGCCUCCGCUUUAACAGGCAUGUUCUGAAAGGAGCGACCAACGACAGGAUGAAGGCGGCGUUGAGGACCAGAAGACGGCGGCUGUUCCGUCGGCUUUGCUGCUGUGGAGUAGGACUCAUAGCCGCCACCUGGCUGGCACAAAUCAUGCACGUAACAGAGCCAGACUGCCCCAGCACUCUCUGCAGCAGUGACCCCACCCUGAACUGGGCCACGCGCAGACUAAUGCAUGAGAAGGAAGAAAACGACACUUCAGACCAGCCCCGUGCCGCUAUCCACGAGUUCCCAGAGGACAUCUUCACCAAGGAAGAGCGGAGACGUGGAGCAGUGCUCCUGCAUGUUCUCUGUGCCAUCUACAUGUUCUACGCCCUGGCACUCGUCUGUGACGAUUACUUCGUACCGUCCCUGGAGAAGAUCUCAGAGAACCUGCAACUCAGUGAAGAUGUGGCAGGGGCAACCUUCAUGGCAGCAGGCAGCUCCGCCCCAGAGCUAUUCACCUCUCUGAUUGGUGUGUUCAUCACUAAAGGAGAUCUGGGCGUGGGCACCAUUGUCGGCUCAGCUGUCUUCAACAUCUUGGUCAUCAUUGGUGUGUGUGGAAUCUUUGCUGGACAGACCGUGUCCCUGACCUGGUGGCCCCUGUUUCGAGACUGUGUCUACUACAUCUUGUCGGUGCUGGCUUUAAUCCUGGUUAUCUAUGAUGAGAAAGUUCUUUGGUGGGAGACAAUAAUGCUGAUCUCCAUGUAUGGCAUCUACAUUCUCAUCAUGAAGUUUAACACCCAGAUCUGGGGGUUUGUGGAGCAGCGCUGUGGGGGUCCGGGACAGCCAUGCCUUGUUACCGGGAGGCGAAGAGAUGGAGCGGUGGGAGAGGGCGGAGCUAACUGCGACACUUCCAUGGUCCUACUGAGGAAAGGACACCGCCCUGGACAGGAGUCCCCCGUGCUGAUGGUGGAUGAGCUCUUCAGCCUCCACCCACACCAGUUCUCCUUCUCUGAGGCCAGCUUGCGCAUCAUGAUCACCCAGCACUUCUCCCCACGCACCCGCCUCAGCAUGGCUGGCCGCAUGCUCAUCAAUGAGAGGCAGCGGCUGAUCCGGAACCGGAGCCCGGGGGGCAGCAGCGGCAGCGGGGCGGGGGCAGGUGACACCCCGGUGAAGGGUAGCUCAGGGACAGAGGGAGGUGGCACCUGGGGCAUGGAGAAUGGGGGCACCCUGGAGAACGAGCGGCAGCCCCUGGACGAGGCUGGGGAGAGGGGUGAGGGCAGGGGCCCGGAGGGGGACACAGAGGCAGAGAAUGCCCCGCCCGAAGAAGAGGAGGACGAGGACGGAGAUGCGCCGUUCAGGCCUCUGAAGAUGCCAGGGGGUCGCUGUGACAGGGUGAAGUGGCUUGUGUCCUGGCCCCUGGGCCUGCUGCUCUACUGUACCGUGCCCAACUGCGUGCUCCCCCGCUGGCACCGCUGGUUCAUGGUCACCUUUGUGGCGUCCACACUGUGGAUUGCCAUCUUCUCCUACCUCAUGGUCUGGAUGGUCACCAUCAUCAGCUUCACACUGGACAUCCCGGACGUCAUCAUGGGCAUCACCUUCCUGGCAGCAGGCACCAGUGUGCCUGACUGUAUGGCCAGCCUCAUCGUCGCCCGGCAAGGCAUGGGGGAUAUGGCCGUGUCCAACUCCAUAGGAAGCAAUAUCUUCGACAUCCUGCUUGGCCUGGGCUUCCCCUGGGCUCUGCGCACUCUGGUUGUGGACUAUGGAUCCACAGUGUUCAUCAACAGCAGGGGGCUGGUCUACUCCGUUAUCCUGCUUCUCGCCUCCGUCUCUCUCACGGUGCUGAGCGUGCACCUAAACCACUGGAAGCUGGACCGACGGCUGGGGCUGGGCCUGAUGCUCCUCUACGCCAUCUUCGUGCUCUGCUCUGUCUUCUUCGGGCAGCUGUAGGAGUCUGACCAGGGGGCACGCUGCGGGACUGCUCCCCCACCCCCCGCCUCUCUCCUCAAUGGCUUUCUGUCAGGCUGCCUCCCAGCAACAGGGUUCCUCGCACUGGCAGAAUUGCGUUUCCACUCUUCCUCGCCACACUGCUCCACACUAGAGCCCUCCACCUUUCGCACAGGAUCACCAUGAAUUGCUUAGUAUAUUCUGUUUAUGAUCCAUCCCCACUGGCCCAGCCACAUAGUAUGUGUUGGGAUUUCUACCUAGUGUUACCGCCUUGUGGAGGAUAGAGUGAAAACAAUGGCAGCUCAGAGGGGUGGGGUGAGGGGGGUAGAGGCCCGGCGUAGGACAGUGUUGCUGUACCCAGACCACUUGCUGGCCCUUGUUUUGUGAUUUGGGUGUG